AUGAACAUGAGCCUCCCGCAUCAAUUGGCUUUGAGUUUGGAGCGUGCGGAGUUGCAGCCAGCAGUGCCGAGUGUCGCUCUUGCAACGACCCACACGGAUACUCUUUGUGUAGCUCCGACUCCCGACGAUUGA